AUGUCGAAAGUUGAAAUUGUUGAAAUUGUUGAAGAUGUUGAAGUUGUUGAAGUUGUUGAAGUUGUUGAAAUUGUUGUUGAAAUUGUUGAUAUUCGGAAUCUUCAAAAUCGUAAUAGUAAGGGCAAUGGCAUUUAUUACGUAAUGUGUCCAGCAGGUGAUGUAUCCAGCUGUAUUACGAUGAUUUAUCAGCAGAAUAAACCAAUUAGCCUACCGGCUACAUCGAAAACUUCGGUUUCGACUUAUGAUCAAGUUCCUCUUCAAACGCCUUCUACAACACCUGUUUUUAAUCAUGGAUAUGAUUUUGCUAUACCAGAUGACCUUUUACCUUUUAUACCUAAUGGUCCCCUAUACGUACAGAGUACUCGCACGAAACGUACCUUCAUAAUACCGGGUAGCAACAGAUGGUUUACAGAAGUUAGACGACUCAAACGAGUCCACGAUGCAGAAGAAGCAACCAAACAACGUCUUAUUGACGAGACUAAUCAAUCAAAACUCCUCAUUACAUCUCUUAAGAAAAUAGAACAAUGCGUGAAUCUUACGCAAGAUCUCACUCGUUUCCAAAACGUUUAUCACAAACACAUGACGUCGUUCUCUGAACGUCGUGACAGACUCAAAAAGAAAAAAAUUAAAAGCGAUCAUGAUCGAUUACUUCUACAAAGGAGAUACCUCAGACGAUACUAA